AUGAUUGAAAAGUUACGGGUGGCACCGGCAGAGCUCGAAGAGCUUCUUCUAACUCACCCCGAAAUAACAGAUGCUGCUGUUAUCCCAUUCCCGGACGCCGAAGCUGGUGAAGUCCCAAUUGCAUGCAUUGUCCGGUCAUCCAACAGCUCACUGUCUCAAGAAGAGGUUAAAAGAUUUAUAGCAGAGCAGGUUGCCCCUUUCAAGAGAUUGCGAAGAGUGAUUUUUAUUGACAACAUUCCGAAAUCAGCCUCGGGAAAGAUUCUGAGAAGGGAGUUGAGACAGAAAAAUCUAUCGAAACUGUAA